GCGCGUAAUAGAAGACUCAAUUCUUUCUCUUCCGUCUCUCGCUCAUUACGUCAUUCAGGGAAAGAAUGGCUAACCAAUCCCGAGCCCCGAAAGUCCCUCGACCCUUUUAUGCCCCGCCCUUCCGCCAACGUGUCUUGAUCUUGCAUUCUGAGAGGCUGUCGCUCGGCUGCAAAGGCCAGUUUCCUUGGCGACAGAAAGCGCGGGAAUUACAGAUAAAUUGAAACUGCGACUGCGCGCCGUGAGUUCUUCGAGACUUUCUGGAUAGUCCAUCCCCGGAGCUUUCUCAGAUAUCUGGGCCCCUGGGCCCGGGAAACUUGGAUGCUUUGCUCUGGUUCAAUGGAACAGAAAGAAAUGGAUUUAUCUGCAGUUCGUGUUGAAGAAGUACAAAAUGUCCUUAAUGCUAUGCAGAAAAUCUUAGAGUGUCCAAUUUGUCUGGAAUUGAUCAAAGAACCUGUAUCCACAAAGUGUGACCACAUAUUUUGCAAAAGCCUACAAGAAAGUACAAGAUUUAGUCAACUUGUUGAAGAGCUAUUGAAAAUCAUUCAUGCUUUUGAGCUUGACACAGGAUUGCAGUUUGCCAACAGUUAUAACUUUCCAAAAAAGGAAAAUAACUCUCCUGAACAUUUAAAGGAAGAGAUUUCUAUCAUCCAAAGUAUGGGCUACCGAAACCGUGCCAAAAGACUUCGAGAAAGUGAACCUGAAAAUCCUACCUUGCAGGAAACCAGUCUUAGUGUCCAACUCUCUAACCUUGGAAUCAUGAAAUCUCUGAGGACAAAGCAGCAGAUACAACCUCAAAAUAAAUCUGUCUACAUUGAAUUGGGAUCUGAUUCUUCUGAAGAUACAGUUAAUAAGGCAAAUUAUUGCAGUGUGAGAGACCAGGAAUUGUUGCAAACCACCACUCAAGGAGCCAGGGCUGAAACCAGUGUGGAUUCUGCAAAUAAGGCUGCUUGUGAGUUUUCUGAGAAGGACAUAGCAAAUAUUGAACAUCAUCAAUCCAGUAAUAAAGAUUUGAACAUCAUUGAGAAGCAUGCAACUGAGAGGCAUCCAGAAAAGUAUCAGGGUAUUUCUGUUUCAAACUUGCAUGUGGAGCCAUGUGGCACAAAUACUCGUGCCAGCUCAUUACAGCAUGAGAACAGCAGUUUAUUACUCACUAAAGACAGAAUGAAUGUAGAAAAGGCUGAAUUCUGUAAUAAAAGCAAACAGCCUGGCUUAGCAAGGAGCCAACAGAGCAGAUGGGCUAAAAGUAAGGAAACCUGUAACGAUAGGCAAACUCUCAGCACAGGGAAAAAGGUAGAUCUGAAUGUUGAUCCCCUAUAUGAGAAAAAAGAACCAAGUAAGCAGAAACCUCCAUGCUCUGAGAAUUCUAGAGAUACCCAAGAUGUUCCUUGGAUAACACGAAAUAGCAGCAUUCGGAAAGUUAAUGAGUGGUUUUCCAGAAGUGACGAAAUGUUAACUUCUGAUGACUCACAUGAUGGGGGUUCUGAGUCAAAUGCUAAAGUAGCUGGUGUAUUAGAAAUUCCAAAUGAAGUAGAUGGAUUUUCUGGUUCUUCAGAGAAAAUAGACUUGUUGGCCACUGACCCGCAUAAUGCUUUAAUUUUUAAACGUGAAAGAAUCUGCUCCAAAGCAGUUGAGAGUAAUAUUGAAGAUAAAAUAUUUGGGAAAACCUAUCGGAGGAAGGCGAGCCUCCCUAACUUGAGCCAUGUAACUGAAAAUCUAAUUAUAGGAGCAUUUGCCGCAGAACCACAAAUAACACAAGAGUGUACCCUCACAAAUAAAUUAAAGCGUAAAAGGAGAACUACAUCAUGCCUUCAUCCUGAGGAUUUUAUCAAGAAAGCAGAUUUGGCAGUUGUUCAAAAGACUCCUGAAAAAAUAAAUCAGGGAACUGACCAAAUGGAACAGAAUGAUCAAGUAAUGAAUAUUACUAAUAGUGACCAAGAGAAUGAAACAAAAGUUGAUUAUGUUCAGAAAGAGAAAAAUGCUAACACAAUAGAAUCAUUGGAAAAAGAGUCUGCUUUCAGAACUAAAGCUGAACCUAUAAGCAGCAGUAUAAGCAAUAUGGAACUAGAAUUAAAUAUCCACAAUUCAAAAGCACCUACGAAAAAUAGGCUGAGGAGGAAGUCCUCUACUAAGCAUAUUCAUGCGCUUGAACUAGCAGUAAAUAGAAAUACAAGUCCACCUCAUCACAUUGAAUUACAAAUUGAUAGUUUUACUAGCAGUGAAGAAAUAAAGACAGGAAAUUCCAACCAAAUGCCAGUCAGGCAUGGCAAAAAGCUUCAACUCAUGGAAGAUGCAGAACCUGCAAUUGAAGUCAAGAAGAGGAACCAGCCAAAUGAACAAAUAAUUAAGAGAGAUACCAAUGAUGUUUUCCCAGGAUCAAAGUUAACAGGCAUAUCUGGUCUUUUUACUAACUGCUCAAGUUCUAGUAAAGUUAAAGAAUUUGUUGAUCCUAACCUUCAGAAAGAAGGAACAGAAGAGAACAUAGAAAUAAUUCAAAGGUCUAAUAAUACCAAAGACCCCAAAGAUGUGCUAAGUGGAGAAAGGGGUUUGCAAACUGAAAGAUCUGCAGAAAGUACCAGUAUUUCAUUGGUACCUGAUACUGAUUAUGGCACUCAGGACAGUAUCUCAUUACUGGAAGCUAACACUUUUGGAAAAGCAAGAACAACAUCAAAUCAACAUGUUACUCAGUAUGUGGCAAUCGAAAACCCCAAGGAAUUUAUCCAUGGUCAUCCUAAAGAUACUAGAAAUGACACAGGGGGUUUCAAGAAUUCAUUGAGACACGAUGUUAACCACAUUCAGGAGAUAAAUGUAGAAAUGGAAGAAAGUGAACUUGAUACUCAGUAUUUAGAGAAUACAUUCCAAGUUUCAAAGCGUCAGUCAUUUGCUCUGUUUUCAAAUCCAGGAAAUCAAGAAAAGGAAUGUGCAGCUGUCUAUGUUCCCUCUCAGACCUUACAGAAACAAAGCACAGAAGUCAAUCUUGAAUGUGAGCAAAAAGACAAAAAUUGGGGAAAUAAAGAGUCUAAAAUUCCGAAUGUCCAGGCAAUUAAUGCCACUAUGGGCUUCCCUGUGGUUUGUCAGAAAAAUAAGCCAGGUGAUGAUGCCAAAUGUAAUAUUACAGAAGUCUCUAGAAUUUGUCCUUCAUUUCUGUUCAGAGGCAGUGAAACUAAACUUAUUACUGCAUAUAAACAUGGAAUUUUACAAAACCCAUAUCAUAUGCCAUCAGUUUCUCCCAUCAGGUCAUCUGUUAACACUAAAUGUAAGAAAAUAGAAAUAAUUCAAAGGUCUAAUAAUACCAAAGACCCCAAAGAUGUGCUAAGUGGAGAAAGGGGUUUGCAAACUGAAAGAUCUACAGAAAGUACCCUAUUAGGGGAAAAGUUUGAGAAACAUUCAGGGUCACCUGAAAAAAUAGUGGGAUAUAAGAGAAUCAUUCAAAGUACAGUGAGCACAAUUAGCCAAAAUAACAUUAGAGAAAGUGCUUUUAAAGAAGCCAACUCAGGCAGUAUUAAUGAAGUAGGCGCUAGUACUAAUGAAGUAGGCUCCAGUAUUAAUGAAGUAGGUUCCAGUGGUGAAAACAUUCAAACAGAACUAGGUAGAAACAGAGGACCCAAAUUAAAUGCUGUGCUUAGAUUAGGUCUUAUGCAACCUGAAGCCUAUAAACAAAAUCUUUCUCUUAUUAAUUGUAAAUACCCUGAAAUAAAAAGACGAGGAGAUGAUGAAGUGAUUCAAGUUGUUAAUACAGAUUUCUCUCCAUGUCUAAUUUCAGAUAAUUUAGAACAACCUAUGAGAAUUAGUCCUGUCACUCAGGUUUGUUCUGAGACUCCAGAUGACCUGUUAGAUGAUGAUGAUGAUGAAAUAAAGGAAAAUACCAGCUUUACUGAAGGUGGCAUUAAGGAAAAAUCUGCUGUUUUUAGUAAGAAUGUCCAGAGGGGAGAAUUUAGCAGGAGCCCAAGCCCUUUAGCCCAUACAUCUUUGGCUCAGAGUCACCAAAAGGGGGCCAGGAAAUUAGAGUCCUCAGAAGAGAACACCUGUAGUGAGGAUGAAGAACUUCCCUCCUUCCAACACUUACUAUUUGGUAAAGUAACCAAAACACCUCAGUCUACCAAACACAGCACUAUUGUGACAGACUGUCUGUCUAAGAAAACAGAGGAGAACCUGGUAUCAUUUAGGACUGGUGUAAAUGACUGCAAUAAUGAGGUGAUACUCGAAAAGGCCUCCCAGGAACAUGACUUUAGUGAGGAAGCGAAAAACUCUGGUAGCUUGUUUUCUUCCCAGUGCAGUGUAUUAGAAGACUUGACAACAAAUACAAACUCCCAGGACCCCUUCUUGAUGUUUGAUCCUCCUUCCAAACAAAUGAAACAUCAGUCUGAAAACCAGGAAGUUGUGCUGAGUGACAACAAAUUGGUUUCAAAUGAUGAAGAAAGGGAAACUGGCCUAGAAGAAGAUAAUCACCAAGAAGAGCAGAGUGUGGAUUCAGACUUAGGUGAAGCAGCAUCUGGCUAUGAAAGUGAAACAAUCCUCUCUGAAGAUUGCUCAGGGGUGUCUUCGCAGAGUGAUAUUUUAACCACUCAGCAGAGGGAUACCAUGCAAGAUAACCUGAUAAAGCUCCAGCAGGAAAUGGCUCAACUGGAAGCAGUGCUGGAACAGCAUGGGAGCCAGUCUUCUGACAACUCCCCUUCCCUGGUAGCUGACUCUUGUGCCCCUGAGGAUCUGCCAGAUCUGGAACAAAACCUAUCAGGUGAAGUGUUAACGUCACAGAAAAGUAAUGAAUAUCCUGUAAGUCUGAAUCCUAAAAAGCUUUCUCCUGACAAGUUCUGGGUAUCUCCAAAUAGAUCCAUUAGUAAAAACAAAGAAUUGGAAAUAAAAAGGUCUUCUCCCACUUCUAAAUCCCAGUUGGUAGAUAAUAGGUGGUCUGCACAUAGUCACACUACGAGUCUUCAAAACAGAAACUGUCCCUCUCAAGAGGAUCUCAUUAAGAUUGUUGAUGUGGAAGAGCAAGAACUGAAAAAGUCUGAGCCACCUGAUUUAAUGGAACAAUCUUACUUGCCAAGGCAAGAUCUAGAGGGAACCCCUUACCUGGAAUCUGGAAUCAGCCUCUUCUCUAAGGAUCCUGAUUCUGAUCCCCCUGAAGACAAAGACCCAGAGGCAGUUCAUGUUUGCAAUGUACCAGCUUCAACCUCUGCAUUGAAAUUAUGCCAAUUUCAAGUUGGACAAUCUGCCAACAGUCCAGCUGUUGCUCACACUACUAGUACUGCUGGGUAUAACGCACGGGAAGAAAGUAUGAGCAGGGAGAAGCCAGAAUUCACAUCUCCAACAGAAAGGACCAAGCAGAGAAUAUCCAUGGUGGUAUCGGGCUUGACCCCCAAAGAACUUAUGCUUGUACACAAGUUUGCCAAAAAACACCAUAUCAUUUUAAGUAAUCUAAUUACUGAAGAGACUACUCACGUCGUUAUGAAAACAGAUGCUGAGUUUGUGUGUGAACGGACACUGAAAUAUUUUCUCGGAAUUGCAGGAGGAAAAUGGGUAGUUAGCUAUUUCUGGGUGACCCAGUCUAUUAAAGAAAGAAAGAUCCUAGAUGAGCAUGAUUUUGAAGUCAGAGGAGAUGUAGUCAAUGGAAGAAACCACCAAGGUCCAAAGCGAGCAAGAGAAUCCCAGGGCAGAAAGAUCUUCAGGGGCCUAAAAAUCUGUUGCUAUGGGCCUUUUACCAACAUGCCCACAGAUCAACUGGAAUGGAUGGUGCAACUGUGUGGAGCUUCUGUGGUAAAGGAAAUUGCGUCACUCACCCUUGACACGGGUGCUCAGCCAAUUGUGGUUAUACAACCAGAUGCCUGGACAGAAGACAAUGGCUUCCAUGCAAUUGAACAGAUGUGUAAGGCACCUGUGGUGACCAGAGAGUGGGUGUUGGACAGUGUAGCCCUCUACCAAUGCCAGGAGCUGGACACCUACCUGAUACCACAGAUCUCACCCAGCCACUGCUGACUGCAGCCAACCAUGCAUCUAGAACCACAGGACCUCAAAGAUGAGCUUAAAAAAUGGCCUUUCCAGCUGGGUGUGGUGGCACAUGUCUAUAAUCUCAGUGGCUCAGGAGGCUGAGGCAGGAGGACUGAGAGUUCAAAGCCAGAUUCAGUAAAAGCGCAUUCCUAUCAACUCAGUGAGACCCAGUCUCUAUAUAAAAUACAAAAUAGGGCUGAGAAUGUGGCUUAGUGGUUGAGUGCCCCCGAGUUCAAUCCCUGGUACCCAAAAAAAUAAAAUAAAAUAAAUGGCCUUUCCAUCUUAGGCCUGAGGAGCUCCUCUUACUCUUGAGUCUUUCCAUAGUUAUUAAAUAUUUAUACAUAUCAGCCUGAAAAGAACUUCUGGCUUUGUGAGGGUCUCUUAAAGAUUUUCUACUUCAAAUGUCCCUUUGAAAUCUGCCAUGAGAACAAAAUUGUUGCAGCUUUUCACCUGAGAAGAAUUUAAAACCAUUUAAAUUCCACCAAUUGAGCUAGAUACUGAUUCAUUUUUAUCAGCCCUGUUUCUGGUACUGGACUUGUUGACUUAGGUCUAGAGACAUAUAGUGGCUUGGCCUCAAGAGAAUAGCUGGUUUCCCCAAGUUUGUUUCUCUAAAACCCUGUGUUCAUAAAGGCCAAGAGUCAGGCCCUUCAGUGAAAGGAUCUGUAAUACAACUUACAAUCAGAACAGUCCUUGAGCAGCUCUUAAAUGUUAGAGUAGAGCAUUGGGGAAGAAAUUCAGAGGCAGAUAAUGAAUAUGAAUAUGAAAUUUGAGAGUGAGUCAAAGGAGAUCUCCAAAAGUCUAGAGUAUAAAUUGCUAGAUUUUUAAAGAAUAUGCUCUGAAACAGAAUAUUUUCAAGAACUCCCUAUAUCCAGAGAGAGCUCUCUAAUUCCUCAUUAGCAAAAAAAAAAAAAAGUUUAUUGUUAUUGCUCCAGUAUAUAAUCCAUUCCUCUUAAAAUAUAAGAUCUUUGAUACGAAUAUUUCAUGCCUGUAAAAUGAUGGAUCCCACGGAAAGGAGCUGUUGCUUUCUUUGAGGUAAUUUUUUUCCCUUUGCUCCCUAUUGCUGAACCAUAAAAUUUCAUAAAUAAUUUUCCUUGCUGAAGGAAGAGGAAGUAUUUUUCAUAUACUCGUUAUGCAAAACUGUUUAUAGCUUUUGGAAGGACUAGGUCUUCCCUUGUCCCCCAGUGUGCAAGGGCAAUGCAGACUUGAUUGUACAAAAUAUAUUUUGUAAAUAUUGUGCUGUGAACACUGCAAAUAAACUCAGUAGCAAACACCAAGAAUGUUCUUGGGGCUUAUA